GAGAGGAGAGCGCCCCAUUGGGCAGAGCGAUGGCCACGCCUGCGCGGCGGCGGCCCCUCAAAAGGGGCCGGGUCCGGCGGCUUUCGGUACUGGGCGGAUGGCCGGGUGGAGAGCGCUUCCAGCGCUGCUGCUGUUCUCGCUGCAGGUGACCGUGACAACCAGUGAGACCCCCAGGGACUACAGCAAGCAUGAAGCUCCCAGCGCCCGCCUCUCCGGGAAAGGCUGCCCGGCUGGCCAGUAUGUCAGCCAACCGAUGGCCGGGGACCACGGUGUCGUAGCGUGCAGGCCGUGUCAGCCUGGAACCUUCAGUCCCUACGCCAGCGAGGAGACCAGCUGCCUGCCAUGUGCCCUGUGCCGGAAGGAUCAGGAGGUAGUGACCGAGUGCUCCCCGACCAGAGACCGGCAGUGCCAGUGCAAGCGGGGCCACUUCUUCUGCGACUCCAUGGACUGCGAGGAGAACUGCUUCCGGUGUCAGAGGUGUGAGCACAGCGCCGUCCUUCGACCCUGCAAUGCCACCAGGGACGCGGUUUGUGCCGACAGACCUCACCCACAGCCGGGAGACGGGAGCACGUUGUUCAUCGUUCUGGGGGCCCUGGCCCUGCUCAUCCCCGGCCCCGUCGUGUUCUGCUGUAGAAGACGCAUCUUGGGGCUCCUCCAGUGGGUGGCCGGUCGCUGGAAAGGCAAUGAGAAUGAACAAGGCAGCUUGGCACAUAGAUGGAACCGGCCCUGCGAGAUGCUGCCGCUCAGAGACCCGGAGAAUGAUGAAGUCGCCUCUCUAGACAGGAGUAGCCCGCUGGCGGUGAGGAAGGGCUCGGCCCUGGCGCUGGAGGCCGGCACCCGCCCGGAGCCCUCCCAGGCCCCUGGGCAGAGCUGUGAGCUGCAGGAGGUGGUGGCCGAGGGAGGGCCAGCAGCCCCCGAGCAGAUGCUGCAGACGGAGGCUCCCGAGGCCUAGGGAGCCCAGGACCAGGCGGAGGUGUCGGCCUCCCUGGAGCAGCUGGAGCAGCCACCGAGAGGGUCUACUGUGAGUUCGGACGUAAGGUUCCAGAAAGCAGCUGGAAGAUGUUUCGGGACUUAAUUGGACUUGAAGGAGACGACAAACACCCAGGGCCUUUGGAAGAGCUCCUUAGCGGAGGAGGGAGCAAGGGAGGGACGUUCCUACUUGUAAACUCACGGCUGGCCUCCAUGUAAUGCAGCUGCAUGUAUAUUUGCAAAA